UACUGGUAUUACCCAUUGGCCAGUGCGCGUUUGACUACUAAUAAUUUUACGUUAAUAAUUUUUUAAGUCCUUUUAACGUUGUUUUGGCAAUAAAAAUGACUUCUCGCGAUAAUAUUUUCGAGGAAAAAAUAUGCAAUAGAUUAGAUCAUUGCGUUUCUGAUGUAUUAAUUAAAGGAUGUGGAGGCGUAAUUAUUGGAUCUGCUGUAUCUUUCUUAAUUUUAAAGAGACGAGCAUGGCCUGUAUGGCUCGGCGCUGGAUUUGGAAUGGGCAUCGCUUAUAGGACGUGUGAAAAGGAUUUAAAUUCUUUAAAAUAAAGAUUAUUACCUUUUAAUUCAAAUAAAAUAUUUAAUUGAGUAAUGAAAAU